ACGGAAGAAGAAGCAAUGAAAACAGAACAAAAAAAAAAAUGGAGAUAUGGUUACUUAUCUUGGGCUCUCUCUUCCUCUCUCUCCUUCUCAAUCUCCUCCUCUUUCGCCGCCGUGACUCCUCCUCUCUUCCCUUACCACCUGACCCUAACUUCUUCCCUUUCCUUGGAACUCUCCAAUGGCUCCGGCAAGGUUUAGGUGGUCUCAACAACUAUCUCCGCACCGUCCACCACCGUCUCGGUCCCAUCAUCACCCUCCGUAUCACUUCCCGCCCCGCAAUCUUCGUGGCCGAUCGUUCCCUUGCUUAUCAGGCUCUAGUCUUGAACGGCGCUGUUUUCGCCGAUCGUCCACCCGCGGCUCCGAUCAGCAAGAUUGUUUCAAGUAACCAACAUAACAUCAGCUCUUCAUCAUAUGGAGCCACGUGGCGGCUUCUUCGCCGGAAUCUCACUUCUGAGAUUCUUCACCCUUCGCGCGUGAGAUCUUAUUCUCACGCGCGGGGUUGGGUUCUUGGGAUACUCUUUGAUCGUUUUCGUAAGAACGGAGGUGAAGAACCGAUCGUUGUGGUUGAUCAUCUUCACUAUGCAAUGUUUGCGCUUCUUGUUCUCAUGUGUUUUGGAGAUAAGCUUGAUGAGAAGCAAAUCAAACAGGUGGAAUAUGUUCAGAGACGACAGCUUCUUGGCUUCUCGAGAUUUAACAUCCUCAAUCUUUGGCCUAAGUUAACCAAAUUUAUUUUUCGAAAGAGAUGGGAAGAGUUUUUCCAGAUGCGGAGAGAGCAGCAUGAUGUUUUGCUUCCGCUGAUUCGUGCUCGGAGAAAGAUUGUCGAAGAGAGGAAGAAUAGAUCAUCGAAGGAGGCAGAAGACAACAAAGAGUAUGUACAAUCAUAUGUUGAUACUUUGCUCGAUCUGGAGCUUCCAGAUGAGAAGAGGAAGUUGAAUGAAGAUGAGAUUGUGAGUUUAUGCUCUGAGUUUCUCAACGGCGGGACUGAUACAACGGCCACCGCGUUGCAAUGGAUCAUGGCGAACCUUGUGAAAAACCCGGAGAUCCAGAGGAGGUUAUACGAGGAGAUCAAAAGCGUAGUUGGGGAAGAAGCAAAGGAAGUGGAGGAAGAAGACGCGCAGAAGAUGCCGUAUCUAAAGGCAGUGGUGAUGGAGGGUCUUCGGAGGCAUCCUCCGGGACACUUUGUGCUCCCGCAUAGUGUCACGGAGGACACUGUCUUGGGAGGGUACAAAGUACCGAAGAAGGGGACGAUUAACUUCAUGGUGGCAGAGAUAGGGAGGGAUCCAAAGGUGUGGGAGGAACCAAUGGCGUUUAAGCCAGAGAGGUUUAUGGGAGAAGAAGAACCGGUGGACAUUACCGGAAGUAGGGGGAUAACGAUGAUGCCGUUUGGAGCGGGAAGAAGGAUAUGUCCGGGGAUUGGGCUAGCGAUGCUGCAUCUCGAGUACUAUGUGGCGAAUAUGGUGAGGGAGUUUGAGUGGAAGGAGGUCGAAGGUCAUGAAGUUGACUUGACAGAGAAGCUCGAGUUCACCACCGUCAUGAAACAUCCGCUUAAGGCUCUUGCUGUUCCUAGGAGAAGUCACUAGUCUUCUACUUCUUUUCUUCGGUUUAGUAUUCACCAAAUACUAGGUUGUGUUUGAAGUUAUGUGCAUUUUGUUUGGUGAAGUCAACUAUGGAACCAGAAUUUUAGUAAGGUACAUUUUGUACCAUGGAAUAAAUGAUAGAAACAACAAUGCUUUUAUAUUCCUCUUUAUAUUAAAAGGAAUCUUUUUAUGCCGA